CGCAUAAACAGUUUCGCGCAAAUUACGAACAUAAUAGACGGUUACGCGGUUACAAUUCGAUUAUUUUUAUCGACGAGGUGCCAUCGUUCGCUCGCGCAGCUCACCUUCAAGCAACUAAACGUGCGUCAUUUUGCUGAUUACAGGACUAAAGUGCGGUCAUCCGGCUGUGCCGAUGAACGCCAAAGUAUCGUUGUCGGACGAAUCCUUAACGGUCGGCAGCGUUGCAAAGUACACCUGCGAUACUGGCUACGAGCUGUUUGGAACCGGCAGCUUGGCAUGCAACGCCCGAGGAAAAUGGCAGGGUGACCUACCGUUUUGCGGUACGAAUGUCGGUUUCCGCAAACCGGCGAAUCAAUCGACGACUGUGAGGGGCGGAAACGCAAAUCACGGUAAUGAUGGUGACUUCAGUACGGAACACGACGGAAAAAGAUGCACGGAAACUCAAAGCGAGCCUAGUCCUUGGUGGAGAGUCGACCUUCUCAAGCCUUAUUCCGUCAAGGUUGUUCGAGUGACGACGCGAGGCUGUUGUGGUCAUCAACCUCUUCAGGAUAUUGAGAUAAGAGUAGGCAAUAGCAGCGCUGAAUUGCAACGCAAUCCUCUGUGCGCCUGGUUUCCCGGUACUAUUGAAGAGGGCAUCACAAAGACCUUCAUCUGUGCCAGAGCUCUAGUGGGCCAAUAUGUCUUUUUGCAACUUGUUGGUGUCGAGGGUAGUUUGAGCCUCUGCGAAGUGGAAGUUUUCGCCACGGACGAAUUCUCGAUAGAUAGGUGUGCACAUGCCGGCACGCCCGCCGACGCCGACUUGACAGCCUUCAAUUCCACGUGUUACGAAUUCAUAGUGAAAAAGGGCGGCUCUUUCCAAGAGGCGAGGAACUACUGCAAGAAUCGCGGAGGUGAUCUCGUUCACGGUUUCCAGGGCGUAUCGUCUAUAUUUAUCCUGAACAACCUAGAAAGGCGAAAGGAUAAACUCAAGACCCAGCUGGUCUGGAUCGGAGCCCAGAAGGAACCGCAGAUCACAGCUCGAACGUGGCGAUGGGUGGACGGCGAGAUUGUGCAGAAACCAUCCUGGGGCAAAGACCAGCCGAACAACUACAACGGCGAACAAAACUGUGUCGUGCUGGACGGAGGUCGCGGUUGGCUUUGGAAUGAUGUCGGUUGCAACCUCGAUUACCUUCACUGGAUCUGCCAGAGCAGACCACCUAUCUGCGGCAGUCCCGAAAAAUCGGAGAAUACCACGAUCGUGGGAUCCAAGAGAGUGAUAGGUUCCACAAUAGAGUAUGUUUGCCCGGACGGUUAUAUGUUACUUGGAUCGAAGUCCAGAAUGUGCGGACCGAGCGGUUUUUGGAGCGGCGAUGUGCCUACGUGCAAAUUUGUCGACUGUGGCGUCCUACCAGAUUUGGAGAACGGUGCUGUCACGUUACUCGAGGACAGAACCACGCACGGCGCUCUUGCGGAUUAUACGUGUAAAGAAAAUUACACGCUUGUGGGUGACACGAGACGAAGAUGCGGAGACGGUGGUAUCUGGAGCGGACACCAACCCCAGUGUCUAUUCGACUGGUGUCCCGAGCCACCGGAAGUAAACGGUGGCAUCGUGACAACUACCGGAAGAAGAGUGAACUCCACUGCCACUUAUUCCUGUCAAAAUGGAUUUAUUUUAUUCGGUGACAAUGUUCUUACGUGCAAUAUCGGGGGCGAAUGGUCCGGCAAGACGCCGCAAUGCCGAUUCGUUGAUUGCGGGGCUCCGGCCCAGAUCGAGUUCGGAACGGUCGUUCUAACUAACGGCACGACAACGGUGAGCAGUCUAGCCGUCUAUACAUGUCAAGAGGAUUACUGGUUGGUGGGUGAAGGAAAGCAAAAAUGCACCAAAGAGGGCAAGUGGAGCCACGACACGCCAUCGUGCGAGUUAAUCACGUGUGAGGAGCCGGAGGUGCCUGCAGGAGGUUACGUGGUGGGUUAUGAUCUCAACGUUCACAGUGUUAUCGAAUAUCAUUGCGAUGUUGGUUAUUUGCUUCACGGCGAGGCCAGGCAUUCGUGCGGCAAAGAUGGAGAAUGGACGGGAGAGGUGCCGAGUUGCGAGUCUUUGAAGGUUUUAGUAUCGAAGCUUCGAAUGUCGAUAUCUUCGAAGCAAAUCACCAGCCCUACCGCAAACCUUAAUAAAGGAAUUAUUAUCAAGUGGUGGAAAUGUGUUCUUACGUGCAAUAUCGGGGGCGAAUGGUCCGGCAAGACGCCGCAAUGCCGAUUCGUUGAUUGCGGGGCUCCGGCCCAGAUCGAGUUCGGAACGGUCGUUCUAACUAACGGCACGACAACGGUGAGCAGUCUAGCCGUCUAUACAUGUCAAGAGGAUUACUGGUUGGUGGGUGAAGGAAAGCAAGAAUGCACCAAAGAGGGCAAGUGGAGCCACGACACGCCAUCGUGCGAGUUAAUCACGUGUGAGGAGCCGGAGGUGCCUGCAGGAGGUUACGUGGUGGGUUAUGAUCUCAACGUUCACAGUGUUAUCGAAUAUCAUUGCGAUGUUGGUUAUUUGCUUCACGGCGAGGCCAGGCAUUCGUGCGGCAAAGAUGGAGAAUGGACGGGAGAGGUGCCGAGUUGCGAGUAUAUCGAUUGCGCCAAGGUUCUUCCAGUUUUGAAUGGCGCUGUGGAUUACGCGAACGGAACGACUCAUCUCGGCAGUGAAAUUACAUACAGCUGCACGAGGAAUUAUAGAUUGAAUGGAGUUUCGAGAAGAUAUUGCCUGGAUAACGGUCAGUGGAGUGACGCUACUCCAAAAUGCGAAGAGAUUCGUUGUACGGAGCCUGUACUAGCAGAACACGGAAUUCUUUCGGUGACCGGAAACGAUCGAAUGUACGGAAGGACACUGAUUCGUACAGGAACUGCGGAGAAUUCGAACACGGGGGCGACUUCGUAUAAGAUUGGGGCCUUGGUAAAGUACAGAUGCGAGAGAGGAUACAAGGUGGUCGGAGAACCUCUGUCCACUUGCGAGGAGAACGGAAAGUGGAGCGGCGAAGUACCGCAAUGCGUCUAUGUUGACUGUGGCAAACCCGAACACAUUCAACAUGGACAUUACACGCUGACAUCGAAUGCAACGUACUAUGGAGCAGCUGCACUUUACGAAUGCGACGGUAAUUUCGAAUUGGAUGGCUUUGCCAGAAGACUGUGCCUUGAAAACGGUACCUGGAGCAGCGAUACUCCUGUCUGUCGAGAAAUUCGAUGCAAAGAUCCCGAGAAAACCGGUGUAUUAUCGACGCAAGUAUCGACUCACAGUGUAGGUGGAGUGGCGCAUUAUAGCUGCCCACGUGGAUUUUACAUGGAAGGAAACGAAACUAGAAUUUGUUUACAAAAUGGAUCCUGGAGCGGCACAACGCCUGCUUGUUUCUCGGUAGAUUGCAAGCAUCCAGGACCGAUAGAAAACGGUCGAGUGAUAAUAGUGAAUGGAUCAACGACUUACGGAGGAGCCGCGGAGUAUCAUUGUUUACCGCAAUAUGAAAGAGUCGGCAUAUUCUUGAGGAAAUGUUUGGACACAGGAUUUUGGAGCGGCGAAGAACCAAAAUGCCAAUUGGCUGCGAACGAAGUGGCAGAGCCUCAAGGUGUUGGCACGAGUGUCGGCAUCGGAGCUGGCGUGAUUAUAUUUAUAUUAAUUAUCCUCGGACUAGUCUAUCUUAGGCUGCGAAAAGCUACGCCGGUGAAAAAUACCGAGAACGUCCAGGCGGCGGAAAGGAAGGAAGAUCAAAAUGCCGCCGUUAUGUCUUACGCGACGUUGAACGACGGCACGCCCAACACGAUGUACGAAAAUGUCCCCGAAGAUGGUCUCUACGAUAAUCCGUACAGUUUAGGUGGUAACGCGUAUAGAUACAACGGCCAGCCGAGAAGAACGUACGGCAGAUCCGGACAUUACGAGGCCGAACCGGUUCCUAACAGAAACGGAAUAACUAUCAAUGGCGUAUCUGUGCGAUAGCUUGAAAUUCCAUUGGCCCUCUUCGUUUUCAUCAAAAAUCGCGUGCGGUACAUUGCUGGCGAUCUCGAGAGAUUUCUCUCGCGCGAUUCUCGCCGUUCACGAGACGAUAUUUUAUGUACAGAAAACACCGAAGAACUUGUUGUCAUUAUUUAUAUAUUACCCAUUAAGGGUGCGACAAUUCAUGUAAAUAAUUUUCGCGAAAGAAUGUAUAAAAGGACGAGCGUGAAAAGUUUGAAAAGGAUUGUAUGUUGAUGACGCUCGUUCUUUCGAGGAGACUUCUUCUCCGAGGAUCAACUAUGUGUGUACGAUUCUGUAUAUACGGUGUAUUGAUCAUUUAGAUUCAUUAUUAUAUAUAUAGACUUUAAGUGACACGUUGUAGCGUAAGUUUAUGAUGAUCGUGCGUAAAUAAAGAAACCAGUGCUCUUGUUGUACUUGACACUCUUCGUCAUAUUAUUUCGCUCUACUUUUUCAGUAUAGCAAAAAAUCGAGAUAACAAAUAAAUUUUUUUUAUUUACGUUAAUUUAAAAAUUUUAUUUAAUAAUACAUUUUUAAUAAUUAGUUAUAUAUAAAAUGUUCUGAUAACGUGUUUUGUUUAUUCUGAGACAUCUCUCUUUCUCUCUUUCACAAAUAUAAGAUAACUUAUAUUGGCAUAAUGCAAUAAUGUAAUUAUCAGAAGUAAUUUAAAUUAAUGGACUGAUGAAAAACAUAAUCUGUAUAUAUUAUAGUAAAAGUUUAUAUAUAUAAAUGUAAAGCAUAAUCAGCUUGAAAAUUUUUAGGUAAGUAUAAAAUAACCUGCGUCUAAAUAAUCUGGCAAAUAAUAAUAUAAUAAUUAUUAUACAGCUAAUAGCAUUAACUUCAGUACUCAUUGCUUUGGCGAUUGUCCAAAAUUUGUCGCGAAAUUUGCAGUGCAGACAAAGAGAACAGACUCAAGCUAUAAUUUUAUUAUAAAACCAAUAAAUCAUUUUAAUUUCCUGCAAAUAAUAAUGUAUAUUAAAUAUUGGCAAGGUUGAUCUGAGAAACGGCAAAAACACUCUAUUCUCUGCAAUUAAAAUAAUCAUUUUCUUUAUCGUAAAAAUUUCAUAUAAAUAAAUUUUCCUAACAUCAAUUUCUUAUUUAAAAUUAGUUUUCUCAGUUUUUAAUAAUUAUGAGAAUCGAAUUAACAAGACUGAAAUUAUUGCCAUUAUGAAAAAUUACAAAACGAUAAAUGUAUCAGUCUCUUUUCAUGUCCUUAUAUGGCUGUGAGUCGGUACAAGAUACAUUAACCCAUGUAUGGAAGCGAUUCCAACUUCAGGGCUGUAAUUAUUUAUAGAGAUCAUACCUCUAAAAUAUUCCAAGCUAAAUAUACUUUAUAUUUAUAUAUGUAAACUAUUGCUACAUAAAUGUAUUAUUUUCCAACAAUUUAUAAAAAUUAAUUAUUUCUCAUAAUUACAUUAUUAUUUUACCAUCUUUCAGCAUGUUAAUUUUUUAAUACUCUACAUUAAGUCUGCUUGCAAAAGUGUUCAAUUAAAAUCCGGUGCUCAAAAUUUUUUGAUUAAAAUAUAGCAACUUCAAAAAAAAAAAAAAAAA